ACAAGGAAAAGGAAGACCUUCUGGUUUUGAAAGAUCUGAAAAACAAUUACAUAUACAAAGUAGUUUGAAAGAAGAGCAUUUAGCUAUGAAUUCUCAAAACAUUAAUAGUAAUUCUACCAUUAAAAAAUAUAAAUGUAGUCUUUGUAGUUCAUUUUCUCAUACAAAAGCUUGUUGUCCUUUAAAUCCUAAAAGACAACUGCUACAACAACUUAUAUUAUAA